AUGGAUAAGAUAUUUGAAUUUGGUAGUAGUGUCAUUGGAGCUGCAUCUGAAAAGAUCAACAAUAUCAAUAUUGGUGAUACAAAGAGAUAUAUUUCAGAGAGAGCAGGCAAUGUACUUGGUAUGAGUGGAGCUGUUGGAGGUGCAGUCUAUGAAAUCAAUGGUCGAAGAUUCACAGAGAGAUUAAAGAUUGCCGAAGGUGGUUUUGGUAUCGUCUAUCUUGUUCGUGAUGACUAUGGUCAAGACUAUGCUCUCAAAAGAAUGUUUGUUCAAGAUCGUGAAAAAAUAUUAGCUGUUAAAAAUGAAAUCGAUGUUAUGAAAAAACUUGGUAAUCAAAAGAAUAUAGUUAGAUUGGAAACAUUUAAAAUCAAUGAAACAAGAAAUGAAACUGAAUUUUUAAUGGUUUUAGAGUAUUGUUCUGGUGGUUCAAUUUUGGAUAUUAUGAAUCAAAGAGAACAAUCUAGAUUGUCUGAACGUGAAAUAUUGGCAAUCUUUUCUGAUACCUGUCAUGCCGUAAUGUCAAUGCAUAAUUUAUCAAUUACUCAUAGAGAUUUAAAGAUUGAAAAUAUAUUAUAUUGUGAACAAAGUAGAUGUUAUAAAUUAUGUGAUUUUGGAUCAUCAACAACAAGAGUUUACGAUACAAACAAGGAUGGAGAAAGAUCAAAGGCAGAGGAUGAUAUCAAUACAUUCACAACACUUGUUUACCGUGCACCGGAAAUGGUUGAUCUCUAUCAACGACACGUUAUCAAUGAAAAGGUUGAUAUUUGGGCAUUGGGUUGUGUACUCUUUAAAAUGGCCUAUUACAAUGAUCCAUUUGAUGGAACAUUGGGUAUUUUAAACAACCGUCUUCCCAUUCCAGAAAACUCUAAAUUCUCUCCCUCUUUUAACCAAAUGAUUCAAUUCCUUUUGGUUUCUGACCCUACCCAACGUCCAACCAUCUUUGACGUUUUAAAUCGUCUCGAGACCUUUAAAAAUCCAACAAGAAGAAGUGGUCUUCAAACCUUUUCUCCUCAAAAACCUUUAUCCAACAGCAGUGGUAAUUUGAAUGGUUCAAAUAAUAGCACUCCUUCUUAUUCUCCAUCUCAACCUUCUACUCCUACAAAUCAAAGAAAACAAAAUGUUUUUGAUAUGUUGGAUUGGCAAGAUGGAAAUAAUAAUAACAUCAAUAAUAGUAAUAAUAAUAAUGGUCAACAACAACAAAAAUCAAAAUCAAAUAAUAAUAAUAAUAAUAAUGAUGAUGGUUUUGGAGAUUGGGAAUUUGAUUCUUCUGCUCAUUCUGCAAAAUCACAACAACCACCAAAGAAUUUACAAUCUUCAGUUUCUUCAAUGUCAUCAUUUGAUCCAUUUGAUGAUUUUGUUUCUUCACCAUCUUCAUCAUCUUCUUCAAUCAAACCAAUUCAAAACAAACCAACACCACCACCACAACAACAAAAGGAAGAAAUAACAUUUGACAAGGUUGAUUUAUUUUCAAACAAUUUCCAAAAUAAUUUAAAUUUAAAUAAUAACAACAACAACGCUAAUAAUAAUAAUAGAUAUAAUAAUAAUAAUACCAUUCAACAACCAGUACCAUUAAAUAAUAAUUUUAAUACUACUACUUAUAACAAUAAUAAUACUAACAAGAUUAAUAAUAACUACACAUCUCCAUCAACUCCCAACAAAACUAAUAAUAUUAAUAAUAAUAAUAAUAAUAAUGGUAUGAAUGGAUCAUUUGAUGAUUUUGGAGGUUGGAAUACAAGUCCAGUUUCAUCAACCAAUUCAUUCAAACCUGCUGCUGUUGCUUCAAACAACAACAAUACAGCUUCAUCAGCCUUUUCAGAUGUACUCAAACCAAUAUCCUCAUCCACAUCAUCUUUGGGAUCUUCAUCAUCCUCAUCGGUCAAGAGCAAUAGUAAUAGUACCAACAAUAGUAACAACAAUUCUAGAACAAAUAGUCCAAUGCCAACUCAACAAAAUAUUAAACCAAAUUAUAAUAUUGAUUUUAAUUCUAUUAAUAAUGGAAUGUAUAAUAAUAACGUUAAUGUUAAUGGACACCAACAACAACAACAACCACAACCAAAACAACAAAAUCAAUUUAAUUUUGAUAGUUUUGAGAUGUACGGAAAAGUUAAUCAUUCCAGAUAG